GAGAGGAUCAAAGACACGCAGGAGCAACAGCGCCUCAUCCUACACGAGCACUAAUAACAGCCGCAACGGCACACCCACCGGAUCCUCCACCAACUUACACCAACUGCGCAGGUCACCGGCAGCCUCGCGACCAUGCCCAACCACAAGCAAAGCACCUCUGCCCAAGAGUGAGCCUGAACGCUUUCUGCACAUAUUUGUCAAGAGCACGGGCUGGUUGCUGGUGUUCUUGGAGUAUAUCAUUAACCGCCAGAAACAGAGCAGCACUGUGCUGUAUAACACGUUGAUUGAAUUGUACCUACGGGAUGAUGUGCCUAGUCGACCGGCUUUGGACUCGAAGGAGGUCCUGGCGCUUGCUCGGAUUGAGGGUG